UAGAAAUUUGGCUCGCCUCUAAAAAUCCAGUCGCAUGUUCGGACAGCCACAUAAGUGAAUUUAAUAUAUAAUAUAAAUAAUACAAAGUAAAAGAAAAAAUGCCGGACGCAGUGCAGCAGAGCUUUGUACGCUCUUUUAUUGACUAUCUGAAGAAGCAAGUGGAUGUCAUGUCGCCGGAUCAAAGUGAAAGCAUUGAAGUGGCCAUCCAGUGCCUGCAAGCCGCUUUCGAUGUUGGGGAGGAGGAAGUAGAGCAGGUGUCUCAGAGCACUACAGCAGCUGCCGCAGAUGGUACUCCCACUCCUGGUGGUGAUUCAAGUGCAUCAGGCAGCGCCAACCAGAUCGCUGUCAAUACAAAGAACAUUGAUAUGUUUGAGCUCUUCCAAUCGUUAUACAUAGAACGUAACCCCGAAUCGUUGGCUUUGGCUGAGUCCAUUAAAAACGAAGGCAAUCGCUUGAUGAAGGAUGGCAAAUACAAUGAGGCGCUCUUGCAAUACAAUCGCGCCAUCACCUUUGACCCCAAGAAUCCUAUCUUUUAUUGCAACCGGGCCGCGGCACACAUUCGCCUUGGGGACAAUGAACGCGCUGUGACUGAUUGCAAGUCGGCACUGCUCUAUAAUGUCAACUAUAGCAAGGCGUACUGCCGCCUGGGUGUAGCCUAUUCUAAUCUGGGAAAAUUUAAUGAAGCUGAACAUGCCUAUGCCAAGGCCAUUGAACUGGAACCGGAUAAUGCGGACUAUCGGAACAAUCUAGAAGUGGUUCGCAAUGCACGCAAUCAGCCACCACAGUUGUCGCAGUUGAGUGACGGGCUCAAUGCCAUGCUUUCGAAUCCUACUUUGCGCAACCUGUUCGGCAGCGCUGAAAUUGAUUUGGAGCAAUUGCAAUCGAUGACGCAGAAUCCGAUGAUAAUGAAUACAAUCGGUCAGCUUUUCAACUUGGGUGGACUUGGCGGUGCUGGUCCACCCGGCUCGGCUGGUGGUGCACCUGGCUCAGUGCCGGCAAUGCCUAACGACAUGUUACAGUUGUUCCAGAGCCUGGCCACCCAGGUGGCUGAAGCCCAACAACAACGGUCAGAUCAAACAGGCGCUAAUCCGGGCGGUCAACCUGGUGGCCAGCAGCCAGGCAAUCAGCCUCCUCCCAGCAUCUAGAUGUGUGCAUCCAUUAAGUGUUAAAUUAAAGAGCGCAUCAUACAUUUAUUAUGGUUUAAGCUGAAAUCAAUUGUGUUAAAAGUUUAAAAAAGAAAUACAAACACACAGACAGAUAUAUUUAUAUUUAUAAUUAAUAACA